ACGGGAGGACCAAACGGACUUUUUAACCAAUUACAUUCGAGUUUAUUGCUAGGCACAAAAGGCGCGAUGUUACCAAGACGACUGGAAGCAAAACAAAUGGAGCAAAGUGGUAGAUGAAGAUUAUUACAUUUCUGCCUGGUAAAACAUACAAAUCAACGAGAGGCUUGCAACAGCUCCACGCAAUGAUGGCUUCAAUGAGCCAGUGGCGCAACAUGAAGCACAGUCAGCAGCAGAGGGUGAUCUCGGAAUUUCGACGGCAGGAGGAGCAACGAGAAGACCAGACAAAACGCAUCACUAAGGACAGACAAAUGCAAGCCAAUCUAAUGAGUGAGGAGAGACUUGAAAAGAAGCGAUACCUACGCAAGGUGCAAGACGAGCUGCACGAAAGCCAAAUUGAGGAUGCUCUCAUCAAGGCAGAGGAGGAGAGAAUAUACAAGGAAAAGCAACUGCAACAAGAGGAGAGAAUGGCACAUGAACUGGCCCGCAUCAGCUAUGAAAAGCUUAGAGAUGAAAAAAUGAGGCAAUAUAUAAAAGAGAACAGUGUUGAACUCCGUGAGUUGGAGGGGCAGCUCAAGUCUGCAUACCUAAACCGGGAGAGGGCCGCACAGAUUGCUGAAAAGGAGUCUAUGAGAUAUGAGACAGUGCGUCAGGAGGCUGAUAUUGCUCGUAAGAUGAAGAGCGAGCAUGAGCGGGCCUCUAUGGAGCAGGAGAAGCAAGAACAUAAGCGCUACGAGGAGGUGGUGCAGUACCAGCAGGAGCUGGAACAGCAGCUGGAGGAGAAAGAGCACAAGAGACAGGAGGCUUAUGAGGAGUUCCUCAAGGAGAAACUCAUGGUUGACGAAAUCGUCAGGAAGAUCUAUGAGGAGGAUCAAAUGGAGAGGCAGUUAAGAUUGGAAAAGAUAACAGCCACUCAAAGGUACAUAGAGGAGUUCAAGAGCCAGCAGACUGAGUGGAGACUGAUGGAGCGGGAGAAGAUGGAAGCUGAAAACAGACGCAUCCUGGAAUUUGCCAGUUACCAGCAGCAUAAGGAGAAGAGCAGAAUGGAGAAAGCCAGAGAACGAGAGCAGGCAAAAGAAUAUCUUCACCAGAUGCUCACUGAGAAGAUUGAAAUGGAGAGGCAGCAGCGUGACGAGAUGGAGCGUGUUCGUGAAGAGCUUUGUCUGGAGGAGCAAGCCGAAGCUGCAAGGCAGAAACAAAUGGAAGAUAUGGAGAAGAGAAUCAGACAGAGGCUGGAGUUGCAGCAGACCUGCCAAGAGCAAAUAGCCUUCAAGGAAAUGCGGAGGCAGGCUGAGAAGGUGGAGGAGGAGGCCUUCAGGCAGAUGAUGAUGGCCAAGUUUGCUGAGGACGACCGCAUAGAGCAGAUGAAUGCCCAGAAACGUCGCAUGAAGCAGCUUGAACACAAGAGGGCUGUGGAGAAACUGCUGGAGGACAGGAGACAGCAGUACCUGGCUGACAAGGAACGUGAGGCUGAAGAAAGAGCAAUGGAACAGGAGAGGGAGACACUGCGUCGACAGAUCAUUGAGGAGGAAAGGCAAAGCCUUCUCAAACUCCAUGCCACAAAACUUCUGGGCUAUCUACCUAAGGGCAUAUUCCGGGAAGAUGACCUUGAACACUUUGAUGAGGACUUCAGAAGCAAUUUCCAAAAGCGACAGGCUGACAUCUUUGAUGAAGAGGGCUGGGGAGAUGAUGAAUAACCACUUUCUAUACUACACCACUAGAUGGCAUUAUUGGGUAGAUGCUGUCUAGUGUGUUUUUUGUGUGUAUCAAUGGUGGAUUUCUUAUGGCGAUGGUGUACUCAAAAAUGUAUUAAGUUGCAAAGACUAAUUUGUAUCCCACUAGCUACAUAUCACCACACCUUAAAUCCUAUCAUGGAGGUGCAGCAAUUUUCAGUUGAAGUCAUUUGGUAAUAAACAAAAACUACACCAUUUCCUUUAUUAGGUGAUAAUGCAACUACAGUUUAAAUUGAUUUAACCCAUUAUUGUAAUAAAAUGCUAAACUUUUAAAAUACAACUGCAUUAAAAAUAUAUUCUGUAUAAAAGGA